ACCCGUGCAGUAACUACAACACAAUUGACAACUACUGGAGAAACAUACAUACUCCCUCGUCUGUGUAUACCAAUGUAAAUGGAUUUGAUUACAAUUAUGAAUGGGAUGGCUGGUACAGACUCUUCAUGAACGGAUUGAGUGCUCAGAUGCCGGACUGGUGUGCCACUUAUAUGACAUGUGGAGGAUUUACUGGUCUGUGGUUUCAUGGAUCUCAUCCUCGACUAGAAGAUGGAGUUGUUACACGUGAAGUUUUCGGCUCCCGUAAUGCUCAGUGCAGUCGCUACAGAUCCAACCCAAUCCAAGUCAAAGCUUGUCCUGGAGAUUAUUAUGUGUACAAGUUUACCAGGCCUCCUCUUUCAAUCCCAGGUCCAAGCUAUUGUGCAGUGUCUUUCCCCACCCCAAGUGUCGACCCCUGCUACAACUAUAAGAGUCGGGAUGAACCUUGGAGAUCCACUGAUAACUCUUACUAUUAUGACCCUAAAUGUGAUUGGAAUGAGGAGUGGAAUGGCUGGUACAGGCUGUUCUACAGCAAUCAGAGUGCUCAGAUGCCAGAAUCAUGUGUAAAUGCAGGCAUGUGUGGCACUUAUUACCCAAUUGUGCUCAAUGAAUCUCACCCAAAGCUGGAAGAUGGAGUGGUCCUCCGUCACGUUUGUGCUUCUGGAUGGAGCGGCUGCUGUGAAUACACAACUGAGCCUAUAAGAAUCAAAGCCUGUCCUGGAGAUUAUUAUGUGUACGAGCUUGUGAAGCCAAUGUUUUGUGGAGCUUACUGUGCUGGUGAGUAUUUAUUCAUGUGCACUUCAGUCUAG